UUGUGGGUAACCGGGGCCGCCAGGUGACAGCUAAUGGCGGCGGCCGCCUGAGGCAGGCGGCAGAACGGGUCUGCAGGAGGCGCGCGGUGGACUCUUCCCUGCCGCCGCUCCUUUCCCGACUUCGGCUUCCCGGCGGCCGCAGGGCUCGGCGCGCCAUGGACAGGCCGGCUGCGGCGGCGGCGGCGGGCUGCGAGGGCGGCGGGGGCCCGAACCCGGGGCCGGCGGGCGGCAGGAGGCCUCCUCGGGCCGUGGGGGGCGCCACCGCCGGCUCCCGGCAGCCCAGCGUGGAGGCCCUGGACAGUCCUACAGGAUCACAUGUUGAAUGGUGUAAACAACUUAUAGCUGCUACAAUUUCUAGUCAGAUUUCAGGUUCGGUGACAUCAGAAAAUGUAUCCAGAGAUUACAAGGCUCUAAGGGAUGGAAAUAAGCUGGCACAGAUGGAAGAAGCACCACUUUUUCCAGGAGAAUCAAUUAAAGCCAUUGUGAAAGAUGUCAUGUAUAUCUGCCCAUUUAUGGGAGCAGUGAGUGGAACCCUGACAGUGACGGACUUUAAGAUGUACUUCAAAAGUGUAGAGAGGGAUCCACAUUUCAUCCUUGAUGUUCCCCUUGGAGUGAUCAGCAGAGUUGAGAAGAUUGGAGCACAGAGCCAUGGAGAUAAUUCUUGUGGCAUAGAGAUCGUGUGCAAGGAUAUGAGGAACUUACGACUUGCUUACAAACAGGAAGAACAGAGUAAACUAGGGAUAUUCGAAAACCUCAACAAACAUGCAUUUCCCCUUUCCAAUGGGCAGGCACUAUUUGCAUUCAACUAUAAAGAAAAAUUUCCAAUUAAUGGCUGGAAAGUUUAUGAUCCAGUAUCUGAAUAUAAGAGACAGGGCUUGCCAAAUGAGAGUUGGAAAAUAUCCAAAAUUAACAGUAAUUAUGAGUUCUGUGACACCUACCCUGCUGUCAUUGUUGUGCCAACUAGUGUAAAAGAUGAUGACCUUUCAAAAGUGGCAGCCUUUCGAGCAAAAGGCAGAGUCCCUGUGUUGUCGUGGAUUCAUCCAGAAAGUCAGGCAACGAUUACCCGUUGCAGCCAGCCACUCGUGGGUCCCAAUGAUAAACGCUGCAAAGAGGAUGAAAAAUACUUACAAACAAUAAUGGACGCUAAUGCACAGUCACACAAACUCAUCAUCUUUGAUGCUCGACAAAACAGUGUCGCUGAUACCAACAAGGCAAAGGGUGGAGGAUAUGAAAGUGAAAGUGCUUACCCAAACGCAGAACUCGUGUUCUUGGAGAUCCACAACAUUCACGUGAUGAGAGAGUCGCUACGUAAAUUAAAAGAGAUAGUGUACCCUUCGAUUGAUGAGGCACGGUGGCUGUCCAACGUGGAUGGGACACAUUGGCUGGAAUAUAUAAGGAUGCUUCUGGCUGGGGCAGUAAGAAUUGCUGAUAAAAUAGAAUCUGGGAAAACCUCCGUGGUGGUACAUUGCAGUGACGGUUGGGACCGAACAGCCCAGCUCACGUCUCUGGCUAUGCUGAUGUUGGACAGUUAUUACCGGACUAUUAAAGGAUUUGAAGCUCUCAUAGAAAAGGAGUGGAUAAGCUUUGGACAUAGGUUUGCACUGCGAGUGGGCCACGGUAAUGACAACCAUGCUGACGCCGACCGCUCUCCUAUAUUUCUUCAGUUUAUUGAUUGUGUUUGGCAAAUGACAAGACAGUUUCCUUCAGCAUUUGAGUUUAACGAACUAUUCUUGAUUACAAUUUUGGAUCACCUUUAUAGCUGUCUCUUUGGGACCUUUUUGUGCAACUGUGAACAACAGCGAUACAAAGAGGAUAUAUGUACAAAGACUAUAUCUUUAUGGUCAUAUAUCAAUAGCCAGCUAGAUGAAUUCUCCAAUCCUUUCUUUGUGAAUUAUGAAAACCAUGUGUUAUAUCCUGUUGCUAGUCUGAGUCAUUUGGAAUUGUGGGUAAACUAUUACGUACGAUGGAAUCCACGGAUGAGACCUCAGAUGCCAAUCCACCAGAAUCUCAAGGAGCUGCUGGCCGUCAGGGCAGAGCUGCAGAAGCGGGUAGAGGACCUGCAGCGGGAGGUGGCCACACGUGCCGUCUCAUCCUCGUCCGAGCGGGGCUCCUCGCCUUCCCACUCAGCCACUCCUGUCCACACCUCAGUCUGACGGGCAAGGCUAGCCAUCUCGGGCCAUCCUGCUGCUCCACUGUCUCUUGGUGGCUCAGGAAAGGGACCUGGUACUAGCUGUUAUGGCUGUAGCUUGUGAUCUUGUGUUUUAGGAUUAGGCCCAGGGACCAUUUGUGUGGCUGGGUGACGGCACCCACUGUUGGCAAGUGCUUGUUGUUUUGUGAACAGCCUGUUACCCUCCUGUCAGUGGUUUCACCAGAGACAUCUGUCACACCCACUGUGUGAAGUGACUUCCUAUCAUCCAGGCAGCUUGGGAGAAACCAGAGGAGUGAAUGGAACGCAGUACUUAAGUCUCAUGCCAUUUCUUUCCAAGUUACAUCCUUCAUUGAAAACCGACACCAUUCACUUAAAGACCACAACGCCAGCCACAUGGCUUCCUUCAGGUCGUUGCCACAAUGUGGAAACUGUUCUUAAAUGAAAUAUUUGGGGGAGAAGACAAACCAUUGCCAUCUAUUGUGCGGUUCUCUUCGUGCAAGGGGUCCUCCUGUGACAAUUACUGUUGUGUACAUAUAAGGUAUUUUUAAAAAAGAGAAACAUGCCUUUAUUUUCCUAUGUCCUUUUUUUACGUUUAGUCACCUGAGGAGGAGGUAUCAGCAUAACUGGACUGUGUGACAAAUUGUUUUCCACUAAACCUCAUGCUAAUUUUGACGUGGUACAUUUGAAAUGGUUUGAAUUCAGUCGCUUCGACAAUGUGUCACGUCCUCACCUGACCCUGGUACUGGCCUCCUGAGGCGGCUCGGUGCAUUGCUGGGGAGGGCGAGCACCUGGAUUCCCCGGCUCUGCUUAGGGGAAGCUGUGCCCAGGUGCUGGCCACCUGGCUGUCACUCCUGGGCCGUCGGACCGUGCUUCCCCCUCUUUACAGAUGCCGGCUUCUUGUGUCAAGCAAUUCUGCCUUUCCCCAUUCUAUGCCUGUAUGAAAUAAUCUCUGAUUUUAUCCUGUGGCUGCCUGUCAACGUUUGAAAGCAACCACUGCAUCGUGGCUUCGGUUUGGAAAAGCAUAGCACGCACUUCCAGUGGUUGUUCCCUUCUCAGAGCCAACCGCAGCCUCUCCUCCCGCUUUUGCACCUUCACUUAGUGACUUUGAGCUCUAUGAUACCAUCAGUCCUCACAGGAAUUAGUUUACCGUCAGCUGGUCCCAUCUGCUAGGGCACUAGAGCCCUUAGCUCCUCUGUGUGACGUGCCACAGUGAAUAGUGCAAGUUUGGGUCGGCACGAGCAGGCCGCACUCCUUCCCUUGAGCUGUGCCCAUUGCCGCAGCUCACCGGGACCCCGCCAGCCUGAGGCUCACCUUUCAAGCCAGAGGCGGCCUCAGAAGCUCAGAGGGCAACCCCGAGUACACCUGCAUCACAGCGUUAGCUGGUUGGUUUCAAAUUACUGGAUUCCAUGCAAAGUCCCAUGUAUUGACCUUAUUUUUGAAAAUAUAUUAAAUGUUUUUAUGGUCAA